UUAAAAAUGAACAAACUGCCCCUUAAUUUUUAGUGUUAAGCAGUGUCAUCAAGGGGGCACCAACGAGUUUUGCCAAAGAAAAGCUUGUAGAUCCACAGUGGAAGAGGGACACUGGGAAACGAACAGAUGCCGUGUGUCUCAAACGAACGCUCUCUCGGCGGUUUCUCCCGGUGACGCUAUCGCGGGUAAGAUCUAAUAUCAUUCUCUGAUAACACACGGAAAAUUGCUCAUGGCAGCAGCAGCAGCAAACUGACUGACUAAAACCUCCAUCUACCGGACUGCACCAGUGCCAAGAUUCAAUAACAAACUCUGAACUACGAAAACAUCACUUUCCCCAUGGAAAACUAUGUUUCGUUUUUCUUUUUUCCAACACAAAUAGAGCAAAUCCGUGGAGCAGCUGACAAAAGCAGGCGACGGGAAUGCAUGAGAAGCAUGACACAUAGCUGCGUGAGGAGCAUGGAGGGUACAGGACAGCCUGGAGCCGGAGACGCCUCUCACAGGCAGUGCCCAAUUGCUCCUCUCUAAGCCAUGGCCUGGCAGAAUACAUCCCCAUUCCGAUAUGGCUUUGACCUGGGGGGACAUUACCAGGAUCUGCGUCCUCUUGGCACGGGAGCAUCCGGCCUCGUCCUCUCUGCGGUGGACAGGCGCAGCGGCCUGUGUGUGGCGGUUAAGAAGCUGGUCAUGCAAGAUGCCGUCAGCAUAAAACACGCUCUGAGAGAAGUGAAGAUCACCCGCCACCUGCAGCAUGAGAACAUUGUCAGGGUGUAUGACGUGUUGGGGCCAUCCGGUCACCCUUUACCGCGUGACCUGACCCAUGUGUCAGCAAUAUACAUUGUGCAAGAGUGUAUGGAAACUGACCUGGCACGGUUACUGGAGCAAGGGCCGUUGCCAGCAGAACACGCCACCCUGCUCUUUUAUCAGCUGCUUCGUGGGCUCAAGUUCAUCCACUCAGCCAACAUACUGCACCGUGACCUCAAGCCAGCGAACAUCUUUAUCAACACAGAGCAAAUGCUGCUGAAGAUCGGAGACUUCGGCCUGGCUCGCAUUGUGGACCCACAUUACUCACACAAGGGAUAUCUGUCAGAGGGAAUGGUCACUAAAUGGUACCGUUCACCAAGACUGCUGCUGUCUCCAAAUAACUACACUAAAGCAAUUGAUAUGUGGGCCGCAGGCUGCAUUCUGGCUGAGAUGCUCACAGGCCGCAUGCUGUUUGCAGGUGCUCAUGAACUGGAGCAGAUGCAGCUAAUUUUGGACACUGUUCCUGUUAUUAGAGAAGAGGACCGACAGGAACUGCUGAAGGUCAUGCCCUCUUUUGUAGGUCAAGGGUGGAAGGUCAAGCAGUCACUCAGAAAACUAUUGCCAGAGGUGGAGGACAAAGCCAUUGAUUUUCUGGAGUGUAUCCUCACCUUUAAUCCCAUGGACCGGCUGACAGCAGAAGCGGCUUUGUCUCACCCAUACCUGCAGAGAUACUCGUGUCCUCAGGAUGAGCCUGUCUCCCUGCAGCCUUUUCGCAUAGAGGACGAGCUAGAGGACAGUCAGGUCACCGAGCACGGUCAUGCGCUCAGCUCCCACUGGGACAGGUAUGAUGGGAGUCUGUCGUCAGACGUUUAUUGGGCGCAGCAGGAGCAGUGUGGCUGCAUGCAGAGCAUCUCUGAACUGGGAGAGGCGGAAGACGAAGAAGUUCAAAGAGAUCCACGAGCGAGUUCAACAGCCCACAUCGAGGAGGCUCAGGUAGACCCUCGCAAAUACUCCCACAGCAGCUCCGCAGAGCGCUUCCUGGACCAAUCCCACUCGUCUCUGGAGCGCGUCUGCAGCCAGUUCACGGAGCUGGACUGCGGCCGCUCCUGCGAUUACAAAGUGGGCUCUCCGUCCUACCUGGAUAAGAUCGCGUGGCGGGAAGGAAAGCCGCAGCACUACUCUGAACCCAAGCUAAUACUGGACCUGUCUCACUGGAGGCAUAACAGCAUGUCUGCUCCAAGAGGGGGCAGCGUGGAGAAGCUUCUCGCCGAGCCCGGAGAUCUGUUCCAGGAGAUCUCACGCUGGGUGGAGAGCACACAGUCUGGUCUCCACUCGCCUGGUUCUCCUCAAGAACCACUCACCUCCCCGUGUUCCCCUCCUCAAAUCCCAGGGGCUUUGCAACUGACCAGCCCUCACGACAGCAGGAGGAGUCCUAACCCAUUCUUCUCCGCUCCUCCUUCUCUGCUGCCCACUUCACCUUCCUCUCCUCAGCACAGUUCAUCCGAUUACCUGUCUUCCUCCAUUCGUUGUGAAAAUGAUGAAGAGCCUUCACAGAUGGAUCCUUCCGGAGAAGAACAUUUUGACCUGGAUGUGUUUAUCUCUCAGGCUCUGAGGCUCUGUAGUCAGAGCGAGGUACGGGUGGAGAACUCAGACGCUCCCAACCCGGGCAGCAUUAGUCAUGUUCGUAACGUCGCAGAUCACAGACCCUCCAGAACACAAACUCUAACGCCUGAGAUGGUCAAGGCUCAUGGAUGUCAUAAAGAGCACUGGUAGAGGAUAUCUUUUUACUUUUUAUUUAAUGAUUUUGAAGAUGUUUGGCAUGAAUGAAUGUGAAUACUGGGGACCUUUUGAGAAUGUUGUUUUAUUACCUGAAGCUAUGAUUCUGUAUUCCACCAGAAAUCUAAAGUAUUGACCUCUAGAAUGAGGAUAAGUUGGUAGAAAAACAUCUGAGAUCUCAGAUAGGAUGUGAUUGGAGCCUUGAGGGCACAUGAUGAAAUCUUUUUUCUUCCCUUAUAAAACUUUGUGUUCUCUCUCUGCAACAAAAAAAAAAAAAAAAGUUCUUCAAAUUUGUUUUUGCGAGACAUCUGUGCGCUCUCAUAUUUGAUUUCCUGC